UCCACCUCGCCGUUGUCGUUCCUUGUCCUCUGCCCCCUCAUACAUUCUAUGAUGGCUAAGGACCUCGUCUCUGGAAUACUUGGUGCAGUCGAACUUGGGGCUAACGUCGCUGGAGUUCCAUUCGCUGCCGGAGCCGCACUUAUACUCAAAGAGAUUGUCGAUACUUGUGACCAGCUUCGUAUUCACAAGAAGAAGGCUAGAACUAUCAGAAACAAAUGCGUCCAGUUCACACUCCUGCUCGAUGACCACUCCCGGACCAACAUCGACGCCGAACUGCUAAAGUCAAUCGAUGAAACCAGGGCGAUCUUUGAACGAGUGUACUCCCGGAUGCAUAGGUAUUCACAAAUGAGCGCCUGGUCUCUAUUCCUCAAGAUGUCCGAGAUCGGGGAAGGUCUGGACGAAUGCGAGGCGAACGUUCAAUCUGCCAUUGAGAUGUUCCAGUUCGCCGCCCAUGCCGUAGGAAAUAGAAACCAGCAAGAAAUCAAAGAAACUAUGCGGGUCCAGCAUGAAGAAAUGAGGGCCCUCCUCCGCGAGGUCCUCACUAAGCCCUCGGAGGCAAGGGAGAUCAUCGCAAUGCAGAGGUCAGGGAGCCAAGUCGCACAGCAAGUGAUGCAAGCCGGUCAAGAGCAAUUGCGCAAUGAAUUGAUGAUCAGCAACACUCGAUCCGAGUCCCCGACAAGAGAAGGAAGGGACCAGGAGGCCACAACCCAGAAAAGGCGCCCUGGAAGUGACAUCCGGGAUGCACUUUACCAAUUCCACUUGCAAACUGGUACACUACCAGCCAUAAAGAUCCUCAACGAGGAGAUCACUAGACGCUCAGAUCAUGCAGUGGCAGGAGGAACUCACAGUGACAUCUGGGAAGGGCUCUGGCUAGGCCGCAAAAAGGUCGCGCUCAAGGGCCUUAGGAACAUAAAGGCUGAUGAUCCCAGGGCCAAGCUGCGAAUCGAACGCGAGAUAAAGACGUGGUCAUCGCUCCAGAACGAGCACAUAUUACCAUUCUAUGGGAUCGUGACCGAUAUCGGGACACAUAUACAUAUGGUUUCUCCAUGGCAGGAGAACGGAAACGUUCUAGACUAUCUCAAGAAACAACCCAACGUAAACCGUUUACGCAUCAUUAAAGGUGCGGCACGAGGCUUAGCCUACCUACACUCAAUGAAGAUAGUUCACGGAAAUGUGAAAUGCACGAACAUCCUUGUAAUGGACAACGGGGAGGCGUGUAUAUGUGAUUUUGGGAUGUCCAAGCUGAUCGAGGAGGUAACAGAGAAGGCAGCCUCGGCGACGUUGACGGCUGCAGGGAGUGCUCGCUGGUUAGCGCCGGAGCUGAUUGAUGGGACCAUUUCAUCCCCGACGUUUGCGACGGACACCUACUCCUUCGCCAUGGCGGUUCUGGAGUUACUUACAGGGAAAUACCCAUUCGCAGAACGUAAGAGGGAUGCGUCUGUAAUACACGAUGUGGUGGUCAUGAAGCAGACGCCUGCUCGCCCGCAAGAUCCGAGGGUUUGUGUGUGGUUGACGGAUGAGCUGUGGAACCUCUUGGGAGGGUGCUGGCACAACUCGGCAGAAUCGAGACCCACAAUGGCGGAAGUGACAGGAGAAUUGGAUUUAUUCGAGUAGUGAUGUAUGUAUUUUGUAGUAGGUGUCUCCUGGCAUUGACUCAACAACGACGACGGGGUUAACGAGA